UCCCAAUCCCUUAUACGCAGCGUAGCAAAUCUCUUCACUUGCACUUUUCAUCAAGCAUACAAACAAACUGCAAAUUUCUUAUACAAAUUACAAACAAACCUACAGAGAUGGCAGACAAGCCAAGCAGAGGCCUCGUAUUGUACGGCGACGGGCUGGCUCGAUUCAUCAGCCCGCCCCAUACUCAUCUCAAUUCGCUCGCUUCUCGGGCUCUCUGCGGUUUCCUCUCCCUCCCCCAUUCUCCUCAAUCAGAAAAUGAGGAUAUGAGGAUAGUUAGGGAGUUCGCAGAGUUGCUUGAUGCAAACGAAGCAUAUAAAAGCACGGCUGUAAAAGGAAUAUUUGAAGAUACACCUCAAGAAAAGUGUGCAUUUCCAUCUGUAGCAGAGAGGUUCAUGGGAAUGAAGGCGGCUAUCGUCACCGACAACUCAAGUGUGAAGUCUUUCGGAGGUAUGGUUGGCUUCAAAGUGUUUUCCUGGAACGAAAUGUCUGGAAACGACGGUUCUAGUGCUGAGUCAUCACAUUUGGCUUCCGAGGUUCUGAAAUUGCUUGGAUUUCAGGAAGGGAAGGAACUGGAUUCGGGAAUCUUUGAGUUGGUUUUCGCUCAUAUUGGAGCCAACACGAAGAUGAAUGGGGUCGAGGGCGUAGAUCUUGUGAACCGUUUGGUUGGUGAUUUCUUACUCAAGGCAUCACCUGGAAGCAAUAUUGGCUCUAGGUUGCACAUGUCUGUUAUUAUGAGCUACGGGGCUACUUUGGGAGACAAGGAUCUUGAACUUUCAAUUUCAAAUGCUGGGAAGAAGGGUGAUAGUGAACUUUCGCACCUUUUCCCGCGUCAAAGUUACAUGAUGAAAGCCGGGAAACCGAGGGAGAAUAUUAGGCAGCAUUGUCCAAUGCUACUAGCCCAGUAUCAGCAUGCUGUGACACGCGUUGAUGCAGUUGAAUCAUUUUCGUUUAGUGAUUUUCUUGAGAAUGGGGGGAACCUCGUUAUACCGGUGGAUCGAUUCUUGCAUGAGGUAGCUUUCAAGCUAUGGAAGGCCCCAAAAUAUGGUGCUUAAAUGCUCUUCUGCGGCAUAUCAUCAAACCUAACAAGUUCGAAGGCGACUGCAACGAACAAGAUUUUAUAAUGCCAAGAAUAGAUCAAGAUUUACUUUGUUUAUCGAACUAUGGAUGUACUUAUGCCAAUAUUAUAUGUAUUUUGUUUACUUUGUUUACCA